AUGGAAAAGAAAUGGGAAAAAAUCGCAGACAUGCAACAAGCAAGGGGUGGGGCUUUUGGUGUGGCUAGUCAGGAAAAGAUUUUUGUUGCUGGAGGAGCAGAUGAAAAAGGCAAAGUGUUGAAAACAUGUGAGGUGUACAAUGUUUCCACAAAUGAAUGGCAGUUAAUUGCAAACUUAAAUGUUUACCACACACAUGGUAGUAUGGUUUGUCUUGGUGGAACAUUGUAUGUGCUGGGUGGCUUUGACCAAAGUAAGAAAAACCCAGAACGUUCAGUUGAAUGUUAUGACAAACAGAGCAAGUGGAUUGUGAAGACAACCAUACCAGUGGAAGAGGGGUAUGAGGAAAAACAGGCAUUUAAAGGCUGUGUGCUAAAGUUCUCUAAAGGAGUAUUGGAUUAUCUUGAUGAUGCAGUUGAGGAUGAGGAUGAGGAUGAUUAACUGUGUGCAAACUGUACUCAAAUGAAAGUAAAUAACAUCAAGAAAAUGCACUGAAGAAACAAUUUUGUGACAGUAAUAGAAUCCCCUCGAUCAAAGAUAGAUAAGGUUACCUGUAGAUAGAACAAUGACUGAACUUUCCCAUUGACUCAAGUCAACAUGGAAAAACAUUGAAUUUUCUCUGCAGAAGGUUGCUAUGCCAACAGAACAGCUCUUGGGCUGUUUUCUUUCAUAGAUACCAAAUCCUUGAUAACAUUCAGUGGCCUGGAUCACCAACAACUUUUAUGUAGCUCAGUUGUUAGAUUAUAAUCUGUGAAAUUAUAACUGGGUGGGUCUCAAGCCCUCACAACUCACUUUUCUCUGUUUCAUAUUUUCUUUAUUCUUAACACCUGUAUGCUUGAUAUUUCAUCGAUUAAGUAAAGAGAAAAUACUUCUUGGUCAUUCUGGGGAGAGAAAGGGUUGAAUACAGUGUUAGUAUGGGAAUUAAGUAAAGGUAGCUGGUAGAUGUGAUAUCUGUGACAAAACAAUGUCCUGGUUACGGCUUGGAUAAGAUGUUAUGAACAGAGGAAGCUCACUUCACAAACACUCCUCCCUAAUAGCAUAUUACUCAUUCAGAAGAAGACUGCUCUGACAGCUAAUAUUGUUUUUUUUUUCAAUUUUGUAACCUUAUAUCUUAGGCACUGGGGGCUGUAUUUUACCGAAAACAUUUUUCUCUCUGGAAUAUAUGGAAACAAACUGGGCAAUAUUUGAGUCAUAUACCUGUCCUACUUUUUUCUUUAACCUCCUAUACGUAUUUUGGUCUUGUCUCCAACCUCAUUUCAGAACACUCCACACCAUUAUUUAGGAAAUAUUUACAUUACGCAUUUCUCUUCCGUACUUAACGCUGACAGAUCAGACUGCCUGUAUCCCGUCCAGACUGCCUGUAUCCUCUCUCAUCUUUAGUUCCUCUCCUUCCUUAAUCUCUGCACCUGUCCACCUCCACCAAGUGACCUCUUAAAAGCCUGGUGAAGCCUCUUCAACUGUUGAGCUGGCCGAGGCAGACUGGGUACCACGAAAGUUUUUCUUAUUUCCGCAUUCGUGUUUCGAAAACAUCUCUUCUUACAAACCUCGAAAACAAGGACUAUCCUUUGAUAAUGGAAGACCUUCCAACUAUUGGUGUUACUGAACAGAAUCCUUUUUGUGUGGAAAUGAUGAAACGGCUCAACAUACAACGAAAACAAGGCCACUUAUGCGACGUAACUUUGAUUUCGAAAGAUGAUCAAGAGUUAAAGGCUCACAGAAAUAUCCUUUCCGCAGCAAGUCCGUUCUUCAGCAAGCUUUUUCAGAGCGACAUGAAAGAAAAUCGGGAAGGGAUCGUUCGGUUUGAAGAGAUUUCGGGAUAUGUUAUGGAAGAUGUUUUGGAAUUCAUCUACACUGGAACUGUCGAGGUUACUGAAGAAAAUGCCGAAGAGCUGGUCAUCGCUACAAAUUAUCUCCUCGUUCCAAAUUUGAAAACAAUCUCUGGUCGAUUUAUACAUCAACAAAUGUGUGAGUUAAACUGCAUUUCCACCUUCUACUUCGCCGAGAAAUACGAUUGUGAAGAGCUUCUAAACGACAGCAAGAGUUUCAUUCACGCGAACUUCGCGUCUGUAGCAGACAUGAAUGAAUUCCUAAGUUUGGAAGCCAAAGAGGUGGAGAGGUGGAUUUCAAGUGAUGAGAUUGUUGUCGAAACAGAAGCCGAUGUUUUCCAGAUUGCGAAAAAGUGGGUUGAACAUAACAAGAGCGAGCGGAAAGCAGCCUUUGAAGAGCUGCUUCGUCACGUUCGACUGGUUUUCGUAUCGCGUGAUUAUUUGUUGAAUGUGGUGACAAACGAACUCGUGCGCGAAAACGCUGGUUGUUUCACGCUGGUUUCAGAUGCUAUAAGACAGACUACGUUUUCAUGCGAUGAUGAUCUUCCCCAGUCCCCGAGAAAAGGGCUUGACACACGUGCUAUAGUGGCCUGUGGAGGAAAAUAUGCCUUUUGUUAUGUUCCUCAGAAAGAUAAGUGGAAAAGGUUACCUACAUGCAACUGUUCAGCUAAAAAACGGAGUAUCGGCAUCCCUUCAACCCACAUAAUAAGAUUUCGUGAUCAGUUAUUCAAGUUUUGUAGCUUGGGUCUAGCAGAGAGGUAUGAUCCUUUCUUAAAUGGUUGGUCAUCAUUCCCCUUCUGCUCUGGCAUAGGUUGGGACAAGGUGACUGUCAUUAGAGGAGAGUUAUUUUCUAUCCAUGAAACUGUCACGAGAGUUGUGAAGGAUAAAAUCAACAAAAAAACAGUAACCAUUAAAAAAUUCCAGGUAGAGACAUGUUCAUGGCAAAAGCUUUACUCCUCUUCUCAGUGCUACAGGAAAGAUUCUUGUAUCAUUGGAUCUGGUAACUUUUUGUAUCUUUUGGGUGGGACGUCCCCACAUACAUCCCAACAUGUUGCAAAAGCUAACAGAUUUGACAUUACAGAAAAGAAAUGGGAAGAAAUCACAGACAUGCAACAAGCAAGGGGUGGGGCAUUUGGUGUGGCCAGUCAGGAAAAGAUUUUUGUGGCUGGAGGAGCAGAUGAAGAAAGCACAGUGUUGAAAACAUGCGAGGUCUACAAUAUUUCCACAAAUGAAUGGCAAUUAAUCGCAAACUUGAAUGUUUACCGCACACAUGGUAGUAUGGUUUGUCUUGGUGGAACAUUGUAUGUGCUGGGUGGCUUUGAUCAAAGUAAGAAAAACCCAGAACAUUCAGUUGUAUGUUAUGACAAACAGGGCAAGUGGAUUGUGAAGACAACCAUACCAGUGAAAGAGGACUGUAAGGAAAAACAGGCAUUUAAAGGCUGUGUGCUAAAGUUCUCUAAAGGAGUAUUGGAUUAUCUUGAUGAUGCAGUUGAGGAUGAGGAUGAGGAUGAUUACAAAUGUUAA